GAAGUGCAGCCUGGGCGUGGGCUGCAGUAUUUACACAGCAUUGUAAGCAACGGGUUAAUGAAUGAUCAGUCACUGGAACAUUUCUGGGAAAAGUGCAAGAAAAGUGAUAUGUGAAAAAAAAACAGCAAAAUAUCAAAGAUUAAUAAAAUAUUCAUUCAGCCGCUGGAUUAUUCCAUUAGAUUCCAGCUUCCAGUGGACUGCCUCUUUUUUACUGCUCAAGACUGCGGAGUGAGAGAAGCUCUGAGGCCAGCCUGUGGAGAUGACGGAGUACAAGCUAGUGGUGGUGGGAGCUGGUGGUGUGGGGAAGAGCGCACUAACCAUCCAGCUCAUCCAGAACCACUUUGUAGAUGAAUAUGAUCCAACGAUAGAGGACUCCUAUAGAAAACAGGUAGUGAUUGAUGGAGAGACGUGUUUGUUAGAUAUCUUGGACACUGCGGGUCAAGAGGAGUACAGUGCAAUGAGGGACCAGUACAUGCGGACAGGAGAGGGCUUCCUGUGUGUCUUUGCCAUUAACAACACCAAAUCCUUUGAAGACAUCCAUCAGUACAGAGAGCAGAUAAAACGAGUCAAAGACUCCGACGAUGUCCCCAUGGUGCUCGUAGGAAACAAAUGUGACCUGCCAGCAAGGACAGUGGAUACACAGCAAGCGCAGGAUCUUGCAAGGAGUUAUGGGAUACCUUACAUUGAGACAUCAGCCAAGACCAGACAGGGAGUGGAAGACGCGUUUUACACGUUAGUUCGUGAGAUCCGGCAGCACAAACUGAGAAAGUUAAACCCUCCAGAUGAAAGUGGACAGGACUGCAUGAACUGCAAGUGUGUUGUGUCAUGAUCAUGUUUUCAGGAUAUCCAAGGCAUGGCUUACCAAGCAGUGCUAAAGGACAGGCCCAAAGCGAAGAUGAAAGUGCAUAUUCACAGAGGAGGAAGUCACCGGAGACUGUUUCCACUGAGCGGAGGUCUCCCGUGGAGAUUCCCCAGCUCAGUUCAUGACUGCCGCACAAACACAACAUACCACUUUCUCCCAACUUACAGAGCUGCAGAGCUGGAGUGUAAUCACACUUUAAAUUAUUAUUGUAUUGUCUGAACACUGGUCUCAACCUGCCUUUGGGUGCUACAUUUUGUUUUUUUAAAGUGCUGCAAAAUAGUGGUUUCUGAGUUGCUUUCCUGAAACAAACAAUCAGAAUCCUAUACUGAAUAAAUCGGACAACUGGGGCAAUUGCUGGGAUUUGAAGUCAUUUUUUAGGGGCUUCGUGAUGAAAAAACAAAACAUUAUAAACAGCAGCAUAAGAAACUAUCUGUAUUUAUACCCAAAAAAGCCAUGAUCUUUAAUAUGCAGGGGACACAAUUUAGAAGCAGGCCUUAAAGAAAUGCAUUUUUAAUGCUAUAUAAUGAUCAGACCUGGUGUCAAUUACAAAUGUAAUUGUGUCAUUUGUAAUUGCUUCCAAUUACAAUUUAAUUGUUACCUGUGUAAUUGUAAUUGUAAUUACCAUAUAAUUGAUCAUUUACAGUUCAAUUACACACCUAUCACAGUUCCAUGUUGUGUUUUACAUUGAGGGAACGUUCUUGUAUUUUCAAUCACUUUUAGUGACCCCAUUUGUUUGAAAAAACGUUAUGUAAUAUGUUUCUGUAUUUGAACCUGUGAUUACUGCUGGGUAGAAUAAACAAAGUCAACAUGUUAAUGUGUAUAGCUAUUUAUGUUACUUUUUAGUGUAAUUGUAAUUCAAUUACAAAGCAAAAUGUAUACUGUAAUUGAAAAUAGCAUUGUAAUUGUAAAGAAGUAUGCUGUUAUCAUAAUUGACUGCAGGUCUGGUCAUUAUAGCCUAAAACACCAGUGGAUUCUGCUACCGUUAUAAACUACAAUUUAAAAAACAAGUACAGAAGCUUCUACUACUUAAUGUAUAACUUAGGUUCCUUUUUAACAGUUCCGUCAGAAUUGUGAAAUAAUCUGUCUAGAAAAGCACUGGGGUAAUUUCAUUUUCUCUUUCACUGUGACAUUGAAAGCAAGGGACAGAAUAUACAGGCCAAAUGUCUUUCAGGGGCAAACAUGCAAGUAUUUUCUGGCUUAUUUUGCCGCAUACAAACCUGAUAAAAUAAUAGUCAACAUUCAGUGGUAGUCCCAAGUUUUUUUACUUUUCCAAAUUGUAGGAGUCUGGGCAUACAAAUACAAAAUGUCACCCUAUACCUACCAGAAAAUGUUGAUUACUACCAAGUUGCAACCAAAUAAAUUGCAUUUCUCCGUCUAUACAGUAGUAGACGGUACAACUCAACUAAUAUCCUUAAGAGGUAUUUCUAGUACUACACUAAUUAAUACGCUAGUUAAUGUAGCUAAUAGAAAUGGGUCACAACUGCACAAAAAUGUGGUUAUAACUACUGUUCCAGACGUGAUAAAAAAAGCCUCAAUGGACCAUUAUUGCAUGUUUAUUUGGUUUUCUGUGUCCAUUGUGAAGUUCCCCUUAUUUAAAUUCCUACUUCAUUUUUAAGAUUCUGAUGGUAUGUGUGAAGGGCAGAAGCCCAGUUAGAAGACAAAGUUACUCAUCUGUCCAAUUUAAGAAUCCUUAAUGUUUGUUCAAGUACAAGUCUUAAAAGUUGGAGGCCUGGGUUUGAUGAAAGUGAAUUGAAUUUAGUGAUCUCAGCUUAACCCCCAGUUGGCAGUAGUUUACAAAACCCUUGCACUCAAUCUCAGAAUGAGAGGCCCAGGAUUGGGUAAAUAUGUAGGCCGAACAGCCCCCUUAUGUUAUAUUAAAAAAAAAAAAAAAUUCUUACCUCGUCUGAUAAACCACACAGAGUGAAUUCCUGGUCUCCAUUUUGUUUGAGUCAGGAGAACAAACAGAUCUCUAACCCAGAGAUCAUGGGAAUACAGUACUUUUUGAUGCCAAAGUUUGUAUCCUUCCCCCAUAAAACUCAGCUCCAAAUAAGCAUUGUCCAAAUUUCUCCUGUGGUUGCUUGGGUACGGACUCAGUAUAGCCGUUCGAGUUUAUGCGUUUUUGUUUGUAAGUAAACAAAGAAAAAAAUAUACAGUAUAUAAUAAUUUUUCCCUUUUUCUCCUAUAACAGGGUGAUGUGUUACGUGUGUGGGUCGUCACUGGAUAAUAAUGAGGCAGACACAGAGCAGUGUGUGUUGACACGCCGCACAGGCGCGCAAUUUUAUUUCAACACAGGCCUCAGGCCAACAAUGGUAAUCCUAGCAUCGGAUUUAAUAAAGAAAACAAAACAAAACAUAGUUAAAAAUAAAAGGUUGCCACACAAGGUGAACGCUAGUCCUGCUCAAGGAACCUACUACCCUACGAAACCUCUCUAUACUUGUCCCAGCAUGCUCCGGUUGACUUCGUCCUUUUCCUGACGGUCCUGGCUGGGCCAUGCCUCCACGAGCUCCGCCUUGGAGGAUAAUGGUUGUGUAGUAGCUGUUCCUCGGUCCUGGAACAGGUGGUUGUGCUGUGGCAGUGGAGGUGCUCCGGUGUGGGUGCCUGCCAACAGAAACAAUAAUAACAAACACACAGCGCUCGUCUGUGUUGCAUGGUGGUUACAUUUGCCCCGAGCUGUAGCGCACAUGCAUAUUGAGCUCCGCGCAGCCUCCGCAGUAAUGCCUCCAGCCAAUCUGGACCUCCCUAUCAGCUCAGCACCCGGCGAGCCCUUCUGCUCAAUUGGUCGCUUAGCAACGCAUCUCCUGUUGCUUCCAUAAAGGCAUACAUGCGAACCAGCGACAAGGUACUCCCCGUCACAUCUUUUUAUUCCCUUUUUACUGGCUAUGGGAUAAAUCUGCCUCCAGUGCACCAUACCUCCCAAGGGUAGAUCAAUUCUAAAGAGUGCCAACCGGCCACAAGGACUAUCUGUUCAAACCAACUAAGCUAGAUACCAUCCUAGCUCCACCAGGUGUGGCUACAUCCUCCAGAGCCUCAGCUCUGUGCAGACAAGAAGGUGCACACCUUCCUGAAAAAGAGCUACACGGCCUCACCAUGCAGCAUGCGCUUCAGCAAUUACCAGGUGUAUGCUGCAAAGUAUCAACACAAGCGGUGCUGCUGUAUUUUCAGCAGUUUUGAUUGCUUAAACUGGAUAAGUGGCAAUACUGCAGCAAUUAUAUUGAACUUAGAAACAUCUAUCAUAGAAAAAAAAUCCUGUAGAUUGAAGAUCUGAAGAUGUUUUACCGGCAAAUGUAAAAAAAAAAAAAAAAAAAAAAAAACGACAAGCACCAACUGCAGCAUUACAGUAUACUGACUUUAUAUGUUUUCAUGCAACUAACAUUUCCACCAAUGAAUGUGCUAGACUAGGUCUUUGUAACUCGACAGUUGUGCACAAUGCAUACAUAAAUAUACAUUUCAAAUAUUACAACACUUACCCUGGCAGUAAUUAAAAAUAUCUUCUUGGCAUGUAGGUGCCACACCAUGGGAUCAUUCACCCAGUCAGCUCUGAAGUGCUUGUAGCUGUCUGUACUUUUAAAUGCCUUCAUGGGCUCGUCUGUGUAGGGUGAUGGAGUUUUGACCAAGUACACAUAUAUGUCACCAAACUGUAAACCUGGUAGUUUUUUGGCAUUUCGCACUGAACUUGUAUGGUAGUUUUAACAGCUUCAUGGCAAUGUUAGACCGUCAAAAUGGCAGACGUGACUCCCUGGGUCACGUGACUGCAAAGCCUCUAUAGGUUCACACUGUGUGGAGUUCAUCAGACAGGGUAAAAAAUGAAGAUUACCUGUAAUAUGGAUUCUUCGUAGGAUGAUGAACUCCACACACCUAUAUCACAUCCUCCUUUCCCCCUCUUACUGUCUUAUUUUUCUAAAUUUGGAUAACAAUGCUUAUUUGGAGCACGGUUUUAUAGGGGAAGGAUAUCGACUUGGGCGCCAAAAAGGACAAUGUUGCAAUGAUCUCUGGGUUCGAGAUCUGUUUGUUCUGCUGACCCAAACAAAAUGGAGACUGGGAGUUCAUUCUGUGUGAAGUUCAUCAUGUUACUAAGAAACCAUAUUACAUGUAAUCUUCGUAAUCAGUUACACUUGCUCUUAGGCCAUUUCACCUCAGGAGUGUCUUCUGUGUCAUGUUUCUGGCUGAAAGCAUACCAGUCUAUAGGGGAAGCAGCUGCUGGGUUUAUGAUAAAGCUGCUGAAGCAAAAAAAAAGAACUGUACUAGAACAUGUGUUUAUGUGAUUAUUUUGUGUGUGUGUGUGUGUGUGUGUGUAUAUAUAUAUAUAU